AUGCGCUGGUCGCUUUUUCUCUUGUUCUUUUUUCCUUGUACAAUAGUCGCUGUUCUAAACACGGGUCUCCAACUUCGCAUUGAUGAAUUAUUCGACACCCCCGGUCACACAAAUAACUGGGCAGUUCUAGUAGAUACUUCCAAAUUCUGGUUCAAUUAUCGACAUGUUUCAAAUGUUCUUGCUUUAUAUCACUCGAUAAAACGACUAGGAAUUCCGGAUAGUAAUAUAAUUAUGAUGUUGGCUGAAGAUGUGCCAUGUAAUCCGAGAAAUCCAAGACCAGGAACAGUUUAUGCAUCGAGAGCUGGAUCGAAUUUAUAUGGAAGUGAUGUUGAAGUUGAUUAUCGGGGAGAAGAAGUUACCGUGAGUUUUUUCUCGAAAAUCGAGAACAUUUUCAUAUUUCUAUUAUUAGGUCGAAAACUUUAUCCGUGUUCUAACCGGAAGACAUCAUCCAGCAACUCCAAGAUCAAAAAGAUUGUUGUCAGAUCAUCAAAGUAAUGUAUUGGUCUAUUUAACUGGUCAUGGUGGUGAUAGUUUUAUGAAGUUCCAAGAUACUGAGGAGUUGACAAAUGUUGAUUUGGCUUAUGCAAUUCGCACAAUGUAUGAGGAUAAUCGGUGAGUUAUAAAUUAAAUUCAUAAGAUGAAUAGCCCAAAAAACUUCUGGGAACCCCUAAAAAUAAAAUUAGAAACUUACCACAUUUAGAAAAAGAAAUCCCCUCUCGCCCUUUUUAAAAGCAACGUUUUUGCGUAUUUCAAAAGAAAUUGGGUGAUGAACUCAUCCAGUGCAAGAUUCAAAUUGAUUUGUAUUUUACACCGGGCCAUUUUUUGAGCAAAAAUUGAAAUUUGUUUAUCGAUUAUAGUAAGUUACUAAUAUUUGUAAUUUACAUAGUUUGAGUAUUUAUAAUUAUCACAAAAAAACUAGAGAUUAUAUAGAUUUUAAAUUUUAUCCCAAAACUGAAACUAAAAAUAAUCAUUUCACUACAAUCUUAGGUCUAUUACCUUCAGAGCUUUCCAAUAUUCACACCUUUCUUCAAAUAAACUCACGAUACAUUUCAAAAAAUGAAGGCGGCAAUCCAAAAAUUUUUAAAAAUUAGAAAUGAGCAAAAUGAUUCACGUCAAAUUAUUUAAAUUUAAAUCUAAGGCACAAAAGUACUCAGAGAUUCGCUGGCCAGCUCGCCACCAGAUCGCUGCGGCCACCUGGAAACCGCAUGGCCGCCAGGUCGCCUUGAGUUUUCCGGCCACGUGGACUGUGUGUUUGAAAUCCUGGAAAGCUGGCGAAACGGUGGUUUGUACUCAAAACACUGCAUUUUCUAUAGUUUUUUCACUUCCUAAGGUUUCUAGUACUCCGAAAAAACAGAAAAUGAGCCGAAUUUUUCGAAAAAGCCUUAAUUCACAAGUUUUUCAGACAUUUUCAUGAAAAUUAAUUUCGACGAGGCGAAGUGGCCACCACAUGGUAGCCAUGUGGCCGUGACCUAACCAGAGCCUGGCCACCUUGCCAGCAAAAAAAACCGGGCGACAUGGUUUCCAUGUGGUUCCCAGGUCAGCCAGCCUCACCACCUGGUGGCGAGCUGGCCAGCGAAUCUCUGAGUAGGUCAAGCGGACAGCCAGAUCAACGUUUAAAACACGUUUAGAUUUUCCUGAAACUCCAAUAAUUUUUGCAGAUAUCAUGAAAUGCUUGUAAUAGCUGAUAGUUGUCGAAGUGCUUCAAUGUUUGAAUGGAUUGAUUCGCCAAAUGUUUUAUCACUUUCAAGUAGUUUAACACACGAAGAAAGUUAUUCGUAUGAUAUUGAUGAAAAUAUUGGGGUUUAUGUUAUUGAUCGAUAUACACAUUUUACUGUUCAAUUUUUAUCGAAAGAAGUAAAAGCUUUGAAUUCGUCAGCAAAUAUGCAAGAUUAUAUUGAAGCAUGUCCAGCGAGAAAAUGUCUUUCUACUACGGGUAAGAAGAUAACUUUUACUUUGAACAUUUGAAUAUAAAAAAAAAAUUGCAGGUGUUCGAAAAGACCAUUACUCAAAGGAUCCAACUCGAGUUCGUGUAACCGAUUUCUUUGGUUCGGCUCGAAUUUUUCAACAUUUGACAGAAGAAAUCGAAUUGGAUGAUGAUUUUUGGAGCGGGUAA